UAUUUGGAAAACUGUUUUGCGGAACUCAAUAUGACAAUUUCAUUCCAACACUUAUUGUUUUCUAAACAAUUAACUUUCAAGCUAAAAUGCUUUGUGAACCGUGACAGCCAUAUGUAAAACUUUUUAAUAUAAUUGUUCGAUUCAUGAACUCAUUCAAACCACUAAAAGCGAGGCGUUAAAUUUCGUUAAAGUCGUUAAAUCAGGCAUAGCCUCACAAAGCUUCAAGAACUAGUGCAGUAUUACAUAGAGCUUUUCUGGAUCUAGAAUUAUCCAACAAUAUCUAGUCAAUAUUAAUUAGUCCGUAAAAAUGAAAAAUGUUUUUUCUACUUUUUUUCAAAAUGUUCGUUCGUAUGUUCAGAACUACCUUUUAAAAGCAAAAAACCGAAAAAUCCUCCUUCAGACCUUCAGUUGAUGUCUGCUACUGUGUUGUGUGAAAUGUUUCACUGUAUACUUCAUCUACCAACCGCUAGAUGGCGCUGUUGUGACAUGUAACGAAAUAACCCUUAAUAGAUUUAUUGUUUUGUAUGAAACAUGAAGAUUUGCCAGGCAUCGAGGGUUUGUUUUUGAAUUGAAGCAAGUGUUUUAUUCAGUAAAAUAAAAGUUAUUAGCAUGUUUAGAACCUUCCGCUACUGCCAACAACUAGCCCCUCCCUUGCGUGUGUCUACUCUUGAAAUCGAACACAAAUGCCUUACCCUGAUUCAAAAUAAUCUUAUCAGUAAAUCUUAUGCUUUGACCUGAUAUUUUGAUAAACGCUAUAAGCGUGACUUCAUACUGCCAUGUUUUGGGUUCACAAGUGGCAGAAACAGUUUAUGAGUGCCCGGCCAUGGAUAAAUACGAGGAGAACAUUUUACGAUUAAACAAAAAGAUUCGUGAACUAAUUACCCAGCUAGACAACAUGGAAACAAAGAAUCGUAAGCUGCGACAAGAGAACAGUGUGCUGGUGGAAGAUGUAGCCAACUUCCGGAUACAGUACGCUACAGCCGAGGAGGGACGUCUACGCUGUAAGUCGGCACUGGAAAAGGAAAUCGUUCGAAACGCCGAACAGUACGAAGCACAGGUGCUCCUCAAGAAGCGUUACAAUGAUCUUAUUCACGAAUACGUUACGCAAAACCAGAAGCUGAAAGCUUACGAGCAAAGCGCGCGGGAAGCGAAGCAAUCACGUGCGAAAAGGAAACAAGUGCCGGUGGAAAUUAUUGGAAACCUUUCUGAUGUAGGAAAACCAAAAACCACAGAAAAUAAAGUCGCUUCCCUCGAGCAUCGGUGUGGAGUUUUGGAGAAGCAGCUGUACAAAGCCUAUGACACGAUUGAUGAUUUAGAAUUCGAGCUAGAAUCGAUUGAUCAUCUCGAAGCAACAAAUGAACGCUUAGAGCGACAGAUCAAAAGUUUGACAGCUCAGCUGGACCAAUGCCGUUGCGAACCUUUGACACCGGAUAGUGGCAACAGUGUGACCUCAUCCUUGAACCAAGCUACAUUCUAUCCAUUUGAGAAUGUAACAGCCGCUCAGCGCAAAAAGGAUCAGAGCGAUCGAGCAUUUUAAAUCCUGAACAUCAGCUUUACGCUUCGGACAACCAUCUUGAGUGCGAGCAAGAUUCAGCAAAACAGGAAUCAAGUGCCAGCCGCAGAUCAGAUUUGAUUUCUAGUGUUGCCCUCUAAACUAUUAUAACAAAAUAUAUUUAUUGAAUUUGAGCAACAA